AUGAAUUUCGUUCAUUCCAAGUCGCAAGAAUGCACAAAAAGUAAACUCGAUCUAUUCUCUGUACCUCCGACACAGACCAGUUUAGAAAAAGGACGUUGGAUAGAUCAUCAACCUGUUUCCAGUGUAGCUGAUGGAGGUUCCAUUACGUUCCUGUCUCCAGGCACUGAAGAUUACGUCGAUCUUGCUAAAACAAUCCUCGUAGUGAGAGCAAAAGUGACGAAAGCUAAUGGUGCAAAUCUUGAUGCAGACGAAAAGGUUAGGCAUUUUUAGCUCUUUAUAAUUAUUUGUAAAUAUUAAAUUAUCAAAAUUUUCAAGAGUGUAAUAAAAAAUUGUUGUUGUUAAAGGUUGGCGUUGUGAACAAUUUCCUACACAGCAUGUUCAAACAAGUUGACGUCUUUCUCAAAGAAAAGCAAGUCACUCAAGCUACUGGGACGUAUGCGUACCGUCCUUAUCUGGAAACCCUCUUGAAUUAUGGCUUCUCAGCAAAAGAUUCCCAGCUCACCGCAGCUCUGUUUUACAAGGACACUGCGGGAACAAUGGACAUCGCAAAUCCUACCACAGCAGGUGACGCAGGCAACGUGGGUCUUAGAGCAAGAUACGUUUUCAGCAAGACAAGUGGAAUUAUUGAAAUGGCUGGACCUAUAUUUAGCGAUGUAUUUAUGACCGAGCGUCUCCUGCUGAGUUACGUAGAUCUGAAAGUUAUUUUGAAUCGAAGCAGCAACGAGUUCUGUCUGAUGGCCUCCGAGGACGAUGUUGAUUUCAGAGUGAAACUCACCGACGCCUAUCUCAAGAUACGUAAAGUGAAAGUCAGUCCGAGCAUUUCCGUGGCCCACGAAAUUACAUUGAAAAAAGGACCAGCCAUCUACCCCAUUCGUCGAGUCGAAUGCAAGAGCUUCAUCGUUUCCGCAGGCAACCCCUCUCUGAGAAAAGACAACAUGUUCAAUGGACUUGUACCGAAAAUGUUUGUCUUCGGAUUGGUUGAGAGCGAGGCAUUUAACGGUGCCUUCAAAAAGAAUCCCUACAACUUUCAACAUUUCAACGUAUCAUCCAUUGGAAUAACCGUGAAUGGUGAAGAAAUGCCAUUUAAACCCUUGAAGCUUUCCUUUGGUGCAAAUCCUAGAUACAUCGAAGCAUUCAGCACGCUGUUCUCUGUGUAUUACAACACUGGGAACGACAUUUCCCGAGAAGAAUUCCUAAAGGUUACGCCGUUUACGCCUUUCAUUUAACAUCUGAUAUGUGUGGUGCAUCUCCUCAUUUUAACGUCGUGAAAAAGGAAACCUGGCCAUUGAUAUCCAGUUCUCCAGAGCACCCACAGUCGCAGUAAGUCUCGUGUGCUACGAAGAUUUCGAGAAUACCAUUCAUAUUGAUUCUGAGAGAAACGUUAUCUACGAUUAUUCUGGUUAGAUGAACACUUCUCAAAUAACGCAUGGUUAGAACAAGAUCCUGUAACAAGCAAGAAGUUUUGCGGUGUGUUUCCUAGCGAUAAGUUACCUCAGACGAUCGACAGAUAUCCCUGUGGAUUCGUCGCGAACACGGAUCCAAGCAGUGAGCCUGGGACGCAUUGGAUCGCCUUCUACUUCCCGUCGGAGCAGAAAGAAGAAUUCUUUGACAGUUACGGACAGGCACCAGAUUACUAUAGGGAUUCAUUUGGAGACUUUUUAGAUAAACAUUCUUACGCAUGGGAUUUUAAUAGACGUAAAUUACAAAGUGCUUGGUCAGAUGUGUGUGGCCAGUAUUGCAUAUUUUACCUUAGCCAUAGAGCAAGAGGACAAAGCAUGAAUACGGUCGUACAGUUAUUUGAUAACAAUACUAUGUUAAACGACGCGAAAGUGUUUCAGUUUGUUAAAAAUCAUUUCAAAGUAAUAGUAAAACAAAUAAAUAACCUUAAUCAGUUUUGUAAAAAGAUGAUUCAAUAAAUGUUGUAAAAAAUCAAUAUUGUGUGUGUGUCUUGAUUUGUGAGCAAAACUAGUAAGCAAAAAUGACAACCAAUGACAGGUGAAAAAUAUUUUAUUGAAUAGAACAGUUACAUGAUUAAUAUUUAUGCCAGCGUUUUUCAGUUUGUUUGCCCCCUUCACGUCGCUUUAGAAGAUCUUGAAAAUAUUGCGAUGGACUUGCACGUUGUGGGGUAAAGGGAUCAGGUGAAGUAUCAAUUUGCUUCCAUCUCUCCUUAUUCCUUACGAGAUCUUUAGGCAUGUUCAUUUUGGAUAAAGCACGAAAAAACUCUCUUGACCCAGUAGGAUUAAAAUUUCUUCUCGACCUCAAGGCAUCACUGACCAAAUCAGAUAUGUUGGAAUGGAGAAUUUCUUUACCGUCCAGGCUAACUUGUCCAGAUCCAUCCCAAGAAAUAACGUGAGGUCUUGCUUUCAAUCGAUUUAACAGUGCUGUAUCUCUUGCACGCAUGGUUUUAGGUAUAUGCUCGACCACGUCUGCGUCAGAUAACCUUGUUUGUUCUUUGGGCUCAGGCUCUUGUUCCGUAUCAGGCGCUAUCCGAACGGUAGGUAUUUGACCAUCUUUUUGACGUCUCAAACUCAGAUAACUUUCUAUGUUCGCAUUGUACAAUUUCUGUUUUUCAGCAUCGGGCAUACUCGCGCUCUGAAGAAUCUCCGACAUCUCUGUAUCUUGAUGCAUCAUGUUGGUCAUAAUAGGGGCAGUCUCAAGCUUUUGCUUCUGCUCAUAUCUGUUAAGCACGUCUUCGGGGACCAGCACCAUUCGUUUUGCAUGCUUCAUUUUACUAACAAGCUACUAAGUACACUUAAUACGGGUGGUAAGAGAGCAGUCAAUAGAUUCCCACCUUUUUGAUUAAGGUGCUUCUUCUUCUGUUUUCUUGACACUUUCUUAUUCGCUAAAGCACGGAGAUGUGUCUUGUAGCGCACCAAUCGUCGCUUUUGACGCGGCGUUAGUGGGAUUACGCCUUUAAGUAGAUUCAGGGAACACUCGCAGAUAGCCGUGAUGACAUUUGCAGGAACGUUUUCGAUAAGCAAUUUUCGCAAUUUAGGUUUAGAUUUCACCAUGACUUGAAGAUAGGGAAGACUUCCUCUCAUGCGCUUUGACAUCUUGCAAAUGAUGAAUUUCCAAAACAUGCGUAGCUUAAGUACGUUUUACGUAGACAAUUUGUCUCUCCCCAGGCAGAAUGUUGGUUCUCAAUCGCAUGUUCUCUGGUGUCAACUGAUGGCAAUCAAUCAUCAAGUAUCCAUAAGGUUUACUCGUAGCAUCUUCAAACGACUCCAUGAGGUAAUUGGUAUGUUUAGGAAACAUUUGUCUGGCAAGUGUCGAGAUACCAAGUGAGUCGCGAGGAUUUCGGAAUAUCAACAAGUAGUGGGAAUUAAGACUAAUCGUUCGUGACAAUUUACCAGGUGGAAAAAGGUUUUGGGUAAGGAAUAAAACAGAUAUACCACGAUGAUGAGAGCCGCGUGUAAAUAGGUCCGAGACGCGUGUAUCAUUUGAACAUUGGGACAUUAAAUCAUCCAAAAUUACCAGCGAGUUAUCGUGUCCCUCUACCAUAGCAUACAAGUCAUUUGGAAAACCAUCCACAAACUCGAUGUUUGGUAGUCUCUGGGACAGGUCAUCAAAUUCUUUUUGAUGUUCCCCAUAACAGUACAAAAUCUUCGUCGGAACAGGAAAAAAUAGCUCUUCCAAAUGAUCCAGCAUGGAACGAACAAGAUGCGAUUUCCCGCUUUGAGACUGACCACAAAUGUAAUAGUUCGCAGGAGUUCGAAAUCUCACGUCCAUCGUGUUCAUGUGCACAACACGGACUGCGUUAUUAUUUGACGUGUCCGUUUGUUUUAUAACCAGAACCGAGAAAUCACUCUUCGGAAAAGACUCUCUUGGAUCAAAAAUUCUUUAAAAUCAAAACGUUUCAAAGGGGCUGCAACCAAACGAACGGCCCUACGCGUAGUAUCUUCAGAGGCAUGUAUCAAAUAAACUAAUGCCAGAUAGGCUAUGGCACGGCCAAAAUUAGUGACAUUGAUCGUGUUAAAAACAACAUGUAUUUCACUAGGAUUAACAUUCAAUAUCAUUUGAUUGUACAAUGAUUCGUGACGCUCAAGCAGACAAUUGAUAUGAUGAGAUAAUGUUCUCAUGUCAAUGUCAACGCCAUUUUUCUGUAACUCGUUUAAUAUUUACAAUUCUAUGAGAAAAAAGCUGGGCUGCAUAAUCAAUAUGUUGUUUUACUGUGUACUUUGUUGACUUGGUUACUGGGCACAUCAGCGUUUAUCUGUUGUACUUUCUAGUAGUUAGCGAUAAGUUGUGGAGUUCAUUCUUAAGUAAACUGAUCAGAAAUUGAUUACAUAAAAUUAUUCCAACAAUACAAAUCCUGAAAAUUUAAUAUUGAUGAGUAGAUGCAUGGGUUUGCUAUAGAUGGUGUUUCUUUUAGCUAAUGAUUAAAAGUUCUAAUUAAAGUAAAGUAUAAACUAAAACUUUAAAACAUGCCAACUUCUCGCACUAAAUGUCCAUCAUCAGGGCGAAAAUGUUUAAAACCCUAUAUUCCUAUACAAACAUGCAAGAGUUGAAUAUUUAUAUAUUCUAAAGUCCAGUUCACAUAUGAAAGCUACGGAUUGGGAAGGAUUCAACUGCUUGAAAAAUGCAAAACUUCAAUGUUUCGAGCGAUGGCCCUUCGUCAGGAAGUUAAUAGCAAAUAACUUCCUGAAGAAAGACCUCGCUUGAAACGUCAAUGUUUUGCUUGUGUUUUUCAAGUAGUUGAAUCCCGCUCAAUCCGCAACACUCUGAUCAGGGGCGCACAUUCGAAAAAAUUUAGGGGCGGGGGUGUCCUAUGUUCUUGGACCGACUUUUGUAGUAUUUAUGUUUGGUUAGAAAAGCUAACUAUUUAAACAUUCCAAGAGUUUAAAUAAACGUUCAGUUUUUCAGAACUUUUGCAGUGGUCUAAACUUUCGGAGGGGGGGGGGGAUUUUUAUGAAUUUCGAAUGCGAGCGCCGCACGCGCGAGGAAAAUUUUGAAUUUCUAGAUUCAUUAGAACGCUAUUACACGUAUUUUAGGACAAGGUUUGAAGAAAAGUUACAACCCACAAAAAGGCAUUUUUAAGUCGCCUAAUUUUGUUAGAUCGAAAAAAUAUUUAUGUAAAAUAAGUAUUGUACACGCAAAUACUCAACAGCAAAAUAGCAUCAUGUCUUCGUUUUUGUAGAAGUCGGUCAUGAGUGUUGCUUUGAGCGCAAAUUCAAGUUCAAAUGUGCUUUAAAAUAACCAUAGUCAUUUUUUACUGGAGUUAGGAUUCUAGGUAGGGAAGACUUCAACUUUUAUUGGCAAGCAGAAGAGAUGGGUAUCAUUAUUCACACAUCGUACCCCCACCCCAAUUUCUGCCCGGAUUUCAGCUUUCCACAAGAGCUGUCCUUAUGCCCAUUGCAGAACCCCCCGAGCCCCCAUCUUGGCUACGCCGCUGAUUUACUUCUGCCUUCCAAAGUUUCAGCUUUUACGACAAGGCUAACAACGAACAAUUUUAACUGCACCGCGGGGGCUUGAGGUAAUCGGAUCGCAUUACGUUGGCUGAACUGUUGCAACACGGAAGUUGAUUAUUUGCUCUCUUGGUUUGUGUCAGUGAACUCUAAUUUGUGUAUGUCUAAUUCGUUUUUCUUAUGUUUAUGCAACUUCCAUUUCCAGAAUGUCCACCUAUUACUUUUUUCGACACAAAAUGAUAAUAUCUUUCAGCUUUUAGCCGGACCGACUUUUUCGUUCCAUUCAGGUUUUGGGACCGACUUUUUAGAUAUAUUUCACAAAACAUGGUGUCACACCUAAUGUGCGCCCUUGACUCUGAUAUUAUCACUAAGCUUGCACAAGUAGUUCUAGUUCACAUAUGCUUAUUACUGCAUAUAUGCCUAUGAUAUAGCAGCAGAAUUCGCACAGGCAAGCUGCACUCAGGCAAGUUCUGAAGUCAAUAUACCGCCGAUAGACUGGCGAAAACUUGUCGAAACAGGCCAAAUUCCGGGAUUCCUUGUAUUUUUGCAUUCCUCUGCCUUUUUUCAUUGUAUUGUGGGAUAUAUUGAGCUUAUGGCAUGUCGAUGGUGUGUCGGGAAAGCGCAUACCGCAUCGAAAUUGAGGGAUGAUGCAAUACACCCUCGUGUCGCCACUGACAUGCUGGGAAAGUUGAAGUGGACCAGCGAUCAUACCACCGAUCAUGUCGGUAACUGUAUCAUAUACGAUAAACCCACGGCAUGCACACUUGCUGGCUACACCACAGGCACACCGCAGGCAUAUAUGUGAACUAGGCUGAAAAUGUUUAGAAGACGUAACGAAAAUAAUCAACUAAAAUUUAUAAUCUAGCUUCCCCUCCAAAUUGGCAUUCACAAAAUCCCUUCAACUGUUAGUUCUAUCGAGCGAAAUGGACAAUCGCUAUUUACCCAUACCUUAUACUGGCAUCACCCACUAUACAGUAUAUUUACAAGAACUUGUAGUUAGACCUUGACAACUGGACUCUGUAGCUCAGUUGGUUAGAGCGCUGCACAGGAAUCGCAGGGCCGCACGUUCGUAUUCAUUUUUUCGCAGGUGCUCGUGGUUAGGUCUGAAAAAUUGCACAUAAUCUUCGAAUCGAAAUUGCCAUCUACAUAAACCCUUCGAUUGUUCUGUCAAGCAUGUUGCCCCAAUACUUCGAUAUUUACUCGGACCUCCUUAAGCGAAUUAAGUCAUGUAUAAAUUAUACAAUGGACUAAUUACGCAUUCAAUUUACUUUGCCCGGCAAAGCAAGACAAACUUUUCCUAAUUUGUCGUCCAAUUGUCAUCCAAAUUUUACCAAAAUUUUACAAAUUUGUCCUUGUGCAAUUUCCAUUUCUUCAACAAAUGUUUGAUAUUUUUCAAGUUGUCAUGCUGUGUGUGCACAGAUAGGCAGACAGACAACAUAAAAUAGCAGAUGAAAACAUGACCUCCUAGUAAAUAUAAACUAAUGUGGAUGUACUGAAAAAACCACCGGAAGUAUAUAUUUAAGUAACCAUUACCAAACAUGGCUGGACAGAAAAAAUACGUUGGGAUGGACAGCUUAUCUGCUCUGAUAUUGAAAAGCCCGCGAAAUAACUUUUUGAAUUUUCAUCUAAAGCACCAGGUUACAAAACAUUUGUUAUGCUCGGGAUUUGUUCAAUUUUCCUAAAGGUUUAAAAAAAUAUACCUCUCCAUUGGCCUUAUUAAUAUUACUAGAAAUACACGCAUGCCAUAACCCCUCGCCUAUGUUCUCCAAGCAUUGUUUUAACAUGAAGUAUUCGUAAAUACGCCAACACUGAACGCAGGCUUGCAUUGCCACGUCAUGUUAGUCAUGGCAACACGAUAAUUUUUUUAAAUUUUUUUGUACAAACCUGCAAAAAGUAGAUGAAAUUGAACACUUUUAAAUACAGAACUAUCAAUUUCUAAAAUAUAUAAAGUAGGUAUAUUAUUUUGGUUACUAUGGGCUUUAUUUUAAUGUAAAAUUCGAAACGAAACUACGUAUUAAAAACGUUUUUAAAUGUGAAUUGAAUUUUAACGGCUUUUUGCCGAUAUUAAUUUCUUCAAUUACUGGCACUUUGAAAUGAAAUAAAUUUAAUUCGUACAGGACGCUAAUGAAAAUAAUUUGCUUUCCUUUUUAUCAUGAACUUCUACAAAAGUUAAUUUAACUAAGAAACUUUCGUAUACAAUGUAUAGGAAAGACUUGAACAACAAGAACAAAAUCUAUAUUAAUGAUACAAAGUCAUGCAUACAUAAACAAUUGAAACAAACUUGCUAUGUACUUUAAAGUUUAUCAUACUAAAUCAAUUCUUAGUUAAUGUUUACCUUUAAAAAUUGAAGAAAAGUUUUACAAUUUGUUAGGUGAAACGAUUUUCCAAGCUUUCUUACAUAUAUUUUUUAAAUUUUCCCGUUCUUCACUCCUGGCAAACAGCCAUAUUUUGAGAUCAGUGAGAUGACCACCCAUACACCCAUGAACCGCAAUAUUUUAUGAACUUUAGACUUCGCUAGUGCGAAGUGCGAUCCUUUUCCCGGGUGUAAAUAGCCAGGGGGAAUUAGUACCCUCGCAUGGCGCUUCGCGCCGUCGGCUCGGGGAUUAUGCAUACUGUAAAUCUCUUCAAUCCUGUUUAGUCUUCUGUUGUUAAUUUGAUCCAUUUUCAAUGAUGUAAUUAUACCCUUUUCAAUGUUUGUAGGUUGUCGUAUACUGUACCAUGCAACUGAUAUUGCAGAAAAUGUAACAAAAUGUGAGUAAUUUUUGAAUCUUCAACUAAAUUGUGAUUAAUUAAUCCUGAUUUUAAUAGUAACCAAAAGCUUUCCAAUCAAACUGUUGGAUAGGUUCCAUGCAUGCUCUGUUGAAAUGUGGCCGCUAUAAGGAAAGCUCUUAAGCCAUUAUAAAAGCGUAUACAAAUAAUAAACACUUAUCGAUGAAAGAUGAAAAUAAUAUUCCAUUCAACGAGACGAAAGUUAAGUGGAACAUUCCAUUUCUCACAGAAUGAUAAUUUUCCCAUUUAUUUUACUGAUUUACUGCAAAACAACUAAUUGCUAUUGAAUUAUUCAUUGAGUUGAUUAUAAAAAAAUGCUCAUUCAAACAGUCCAACAAAAAAGAUUGAUCGAAUUAAGUUUCAUCGAAGCCGCAAAACCGCACGAUGGAGCAAAAUGAUUGUGUAGUUGAAAAAUCUACGUUCUGUUGCACGCAGGGUGUUCACGGGCCUUGAACAUCCUGGAAAGUCAUUGAAUUGGCAAACAAAAUUCCAGGACUGGAAAGCCCUUGAAGAUCAGCAGAAGUCCUUGAAAGUACCGGAAUUAAUUUCCUUAACCUCCAGCUGUGCCAACAUUAGUGAUUUUGAUUAAAAUUACUGAAUAAAGUGAAUUAUUUAUGGCAAAUCCGUGCCAUUUUCAAUCAUUUUUUCCCAGUUCUAUGCCUUGAAUUUACACAAAAUGGGCCUUGAAUGUCUUGGAAAACUCCUUGAAUUUCACCUUCACCAAGGGGUGGACCGUGGACACCCUGUGUGCGUAAAUCAAAUGAAAAUUUCUAUCCAAUAUGUCAUAUUAAUAAUUAGGUCACAUAAAAAAAUAGUUGGUUAGCGUCCUUAGCUUUCGCCAAAAAGUGGGCGGGCUGUUUUUUUUUAAAGUUAUACUAAUUUUUAACGCUCUGGUUUCAGGCCCGAAACUGGAUUUUCUUGCGCAGUACAGAUAUUUUUUUAUAUACUUCAAAAUAUGAUUCAUGCCGUCAUUUUCGCACACAAUUUAUUGACACAAUUGACUACAGUCAACAGAAAUACUGCAUAUAUUAGAGCCUGUUGAUCAAUAAAAGUUGGGAUAGACCACAUGCUAACAUAACGCUCAUACUGUAUAGAGAUUUGUAUAAAUUCUUAGUAAAGUCUUUAUUUUACUAUGUUUUGUUAGGUUGAAAGUAAUUUCCAACGCAUAUAGAAUCGAAUAUGUUGUUGUUUAAUGUUUAUAUAAUCACAGAUUGUAGAAGGGUCAUUGGGAUAUUGUCGUAUUUAAACACGACAUAUCAGUUUGAUCAAACAUUGUAUACGUAUUAGAAAAAUAUAGUAAUUUAUGAUAUAGCGCUCGAUGAUUGGACAUAUUUUAUGAUAUCAAGUAGUGCAAGAAUGAAAACCACGGCCUGUGAAGUAUUCUGUUGCGUAGACAUAUAAGACCUUGUACUGUUGUGUCUGUUCAGUGUGUGCAAAUUAUUUUUGACACAUUAAAAUACUUUGUAACUUCUUAGAUCUGUUAAUGUUUAUUGAAAAAUGCACGUAAAUGUCGUUUACGUAUUUUUGUCAUAUCUGAUGUUUUGUAUGUGAUUAAAUGUGUGUAUAAUAUUUCAACUGUGUCCAAUUUACUUAAUACUUUAUUUCAGUAAAUCCAGAAUUUGACAAUAGCGAUUAAGGUGGAAUAAUAUGGGUAACAAAAUUGCUGCAACUAACAACAAAAUCUGAUUUCUGUAUUAACAUGUGUCAACAUUUCUAUUUAACAUGCGUUGAAAUCAGAUUUUGUUACAAGUUUCAGCAAUUUUGUUGCUCGUAUUAGUCCAGCUUUAGCAACAAUGCAGGCUACCCACAUGUACGCAGCGCGUACCUAUUUUAUAAAAUAAUAAAAUAAAAAAAUCCUGAGCGGGGCCUUUUUUGUGGGCGGGCGAGGACGCUAAUCAACUAUUUUUUAUGUGGCCUUAGCCGAUGAUUCUACGACAAUUUGGUACGCAUCAUAAUUAUAAGGUAUUACAUAAUAGAGUACGAUUUGUGAACGUUCGCUUUAAACAAACGAGUGGGCGCAGCGAACGAGUGAGUUUAGCUAUUCUUCGCAACGACAAAUUAACAAAAAUCGUAAAAAAACCCGAUCAAACCAUGAAACGAUUUGCACAGGGAAAUAAAAUUCGCAAUAUACCUUAUCUAUUUCACUGAAGUUUUAUUUUUUUGUUCAUGUAGGUCUGCAUUAACAACAUUAACUGAUGAUAAGAAACGAUGGAUUGUCAGUGGAAUUGCCCUCAACAAUGUUUUGGUUCCCUCCAUACGUCCAAUAUUAGAUAAAAAAAUUCGGAAGGAAUACGAUGACAGUUUUGCACAUCCGCCAUAUUCACCAACGCAUAAAGGCAUGCACUAUGAGAAUAUCAAUGCUAAUGACCUAAAAAAGUUGAAACCACUACGCUAUCCAUGGUAUAAUUACUCCACGUUUGACUACAAAGUUACCUCACAUGUUGACUUUGGUAAGCUCUUCCUCCAGAUCCAUAUGGCAAAGUUUAAUGCAUUUGACGAGACCUGCGAUGCGUUUGCUGUCCUCAGUUUGGUUGGCGGAAUUCCUGUGUUCCCUCCUGCUCUCCAAACUGCGGCAAAUGUUGUUAGAGAAGGUAGAAAUGCUUGGGCACACUGCAAGUUUACCGAGUGGGAUGAAAGAAACUUCAGGAAGAGAUUUGAUGACAUGAAACAGCUUGUGACUGAAGUGGGUUUAUCACUUGCAGAUGAAAGUAAAGUCCUAGCAGAUCUUAAAGACUGGGAAGAUAAAG